AUGGGGAUGACUUGCAGGAUCAUAAACAAGAGAAGGCACAUGGGACUUCAACAGCUUUCAUCGUUUGCAGAAAUGGGACGAACUUUCCUAGGCCCAGUAAAAGCAUCCAAAUUUAUCACAGAUGAAGAGUCCAAUGAGAGUGUAUUUAUCGGUUCACCGGUAAGGCUUCUGGAAAGUUUGGAUUUAACUAGUGCAGUGGGACAACUUCUCAAUGAAGUACUUCAAGCACAGCAUAGCACAUACAGAACUGGAAUCAAUACUCUUUUGUUUUUUGUUGGUGCCUGGAGCAGUGCUGCUGAAGAAUGUCUUCAUCUGGGUAUCCCAAUUUCCGUCAUAGUAUCAGUAAUGUCAGAAGGCUUGAACUCUUGCACUGAAGUAGUCGUUUCCCUUCAAGUACCUAUCCAUAAUCAAAUUGACCAUAUAGACAACACAAAUACAUCUUCUGGACUUGAAGCAUUUUGUGUCAAUUUGCACCCUUUCUUACAAAUCCCUUCAGAUACUGGUUUGAUUCAGAAAGAGCAAGAACCCAAAGAUGUCUCUCAAUCAGUGACCAUUUACAGUCUCUCUAGGAAACCUGUUAAAUUAUGUAAAUCCUUCAGACCUCAGGCUAAGGUUGAAGUGUACAAAAACACAUCACAAACUCUGAUACACAGUCCGCUCGCAGACUCCAGCAGCAGAAAGUCAAUACUAAUUCACAGUAGGCAUUUUAAUAGCACAGAAAAUAAUCCAUUGAUAAAUAAGCCAGAUGGAUUUCUAGAACAACCAAGCACAGCUCCUUCCAAAACAUACAGUUGUAAUGAUUUGUCAGAAUUGGCAAUAGGCUUGAGUCACGGUGAUCACAGCAGCAUGAACUUAGUAGAAGCAGCAGUACGACUACAGUAUCGAAAUGCAGGGAUGCAACAAGAUGGCGGUACCAUGCCAUUUAUGUUUGACAUUUCAAGAAUCUUCACUUGCUGUUUGCCAGGUGUACCUGAAACUUUGACUUGUGUCUGUCCUGGAUAUAUUACUCUUGUAUCAAUAUCUAAUAUCACUCUGAUCAAGGAACUCCAGAAUCAGCCUGUGCGGGUAGUUCUCAUUCAAGGUGACCUUACAGAGAAUUAUCGCCACCUGGGAUUUAAUAAGUCUGCAAAUAUUAAAACAGUAUUUGAAAACCUCAAGGUUAACCAAUACAGUGCAGAAGAGCUGUGGGCAAGUCAUAUAUUACAGCUUUUAAUCCAAUUCAAUGUGCAUCUUGUCCUGGCACAAGGAAGGGUAUCUGAACACUUAAUUGAAAAAUGCCUGUGUAGUAAACGGUUGGUAAUCGGGUCAGUGAAUGGCAAUGUGAUGCAGGCUUUUGCAGAGGCUACAGGAGCAAUACAAGUGACCUAUGUUACACAGGUGAAUGAAGACUGUGUGGGCCAUGGAGUCUAUGUGAGCUUCUGGAGAAGUAUUCCCUUGGAAGUCACAGAGAAGAAAAAUAAAAUAGUGAUCUCUUUAAAAACGGAAGGUGUGAAUUUGGUUACAGCAGUACUCACUGGGCCAGUCACUGCACAGAUGCAAACCAAAGAAGAUAGAUUCUGGACUUGUGCUUACCGUCUGUAUUAUGCUCUAAAAGAGCAAAAGCUCUUCCUUGGAGGUGGUGCAGUUGAAUUUUUGUGUCUUAGCCAUCUUCAAACUAUUGAAGAACAAUCUCUGAAAAAAGGAAACCAUGUCUGUUCAGGAUGGCUUCAUAAUAGUUCCUCUUGGCUGGCCUCAUCUCUCACUCUGUACAGACCAACUGUGCUUAAAUGCCUGGCAAAUGGAUGGCUCAAAUACCUUUCAACUCUCAUGUAUAACACUGCCAAGUACUCAUCGGAAUUUGAAGCUACCACAUUCAUUCAACAUCAUCUACAAAAUGCUAUGGACUCUGGCUCUCCUUCAUCUUACAUCUUAAAUGAAUAUAGUGAACUGAUUAGUGGACUUUUUAAUUCAGACAUUUCAAAUAAAUUGGAGCAGAUUCCAAAAGUUUAUGACAUUGUUACACCAAAGAUUGAGGCAUGGCGCCGAGCAUUGGAUUUGGUACUGUUAGUACUUCAGACAGACAGUGAAAUUGUGACCGGACAUGGACACACACACGUAAAUGCACAGGAAUCAGAGGGCUUUUUAUCUUUUUAG